AUGGCGGCGUGUUGGUGGAGUGCCUGGCGGGGCUUUCUCGGCACCGCGGCCUCUCUGCUCCUGGUGGGGGUGUUGCAUCCUGACACCGUCUCUUCCUUCUUCUCCGGGGCAUGCAGCCCUGGCGAGUCGCGGAGCCGUGUGCAAGUGCUGGGCGGCUCUAACUGGAGCCUGGUGUUGCGGGGCCAGUGGAUGUUGGAGUUCUAUGCUCCUUGGUGUCCAGCUUGUAAACAGAUUGAAUCAACAUGGGAAAGUUUUGCAAAGGAAAGUGAACAUCUAGAUAUCACUGUGGGAAAGGUGGAUGUCACUCAAGAACCAGGCUUGAGUGGUCGUUUCUUUGUCACAAUACUUCCUACAAUUUACCAUGCACAUGAUGGAGUAUUUCGCAGAUACCGAGGUUCACGGACAUUGGAAGACCUUGAAAGUUACAUUUUAGAGAGAAAGUGGGAAGCUGUGGAGCCUAUAGCAGGAUGGAAGUCGCCAUCCUCUAUAAUGAUGCAUAGCAUGGCAGGGCUAUUUCACUUCUCUAAAUGGAUCAGGCAAAUUCACAGCUACCUCACUGGCACUCUUGGAAUUCAUGUUUGGAUUUCUUACGCAAUCUUCAUCUUAGCUACCUUCUUGAUCAGCCUGUUCCUGGCUUUGAUACUGGUAUUGAUUUCAGACUGCCUUUGCUCACCCAAGUCAACAUACAAAUCUGAAACAUCUGAAGAAGCAAUUGCAAAGGAUAACAUGGAGAAUGCAGCAUUAGAAGAACCGGAAGAGGCUGCAGAGCUUUCCGCAGGUGAUGCGGAAGAGACUGCAGAUGUAAAAGAUCUCUCAGAUGGAGAAGAUGAGGCAAAUUCAAGUGCUGAUGAAUCAGAGGAGGAUUUAGCACUUGGAAAAGAAUCAGGGGAAGAAGAAAUGGAAGACCUAAGUGAACAACCUUUAGUUGAUUCAGAGACUGUAAGCUCAGUAAGACAGCGUAAAAGUCACGUGGCUGAUAAUGGACUAUAG